AUGCCGCCCGCGUCGUCGUUCGACGUGCGAAGGGUCGCCGCGCUCAUGGCGUCGCACGCGCGCGAGGACGAUCGCGAGAUCGACGGCGCGGAAAAGGCGGAGGAGGAGGAGGGGCGCUUCCUCCCGCGUCGACGCGCGAACGCGUCGCGGUUCGAACGCGACCGCGACCGCGACGCCGCCUCCCGCCCGCCGCCCGCGCCUCCCGCGAGCGCGCCGCCCGUCGCCGUCGUGUGCGCCGUGAUCGAGAACCGCGCGCACGAGGUCGGGAUAGCGCUGUUCGACCGAGAAGACGGCGGCGGCGGCGCGCUCGUCUUGGAGCAGCACGUCGAGGGCGGCGCGUCGUACGGCGCGACGCUCUGCGAGCUCGCGUCCUCGCGCCCGGGCGUCGUCCUCGUCGUCGGCGGCGCGGGCGGCGGCGACGGCGGGAUGGGCAUCAACCGCGCCGUUCGGAGGUUCGCGCGCGCGAGGGACGUCGCGAUCGUGGAGCUCUCCAGGCGCCUCUUCGACGACACCCUCGGCGCGGAGCUCGUGACGCGAUGCGCGCGCGUCGGCUCGCGGCUCGCGGCGAACCCGCGCGACGUGUACCUCGCCUUCGCCGCCGCCGCCGCGGUUCUCGCGUUCGUCGACGCCGGCGGCGCCGCGCCCGCCGCCGCCGCCGCCGCCGCCGCGGUCGACCGCCUCCGCCUCUCCCCGGGCUUCGACGCGCUCCUGGGAACCGUCACCGUGACGUGCGCGCGCUCGGAGCACUUCAUAUCGAUCGACCCGGCGACGGCGCGGUGCCUGGAGAUCGCCGCGCCGAUCGGCGCGCGCGGAGAGGCGGCGCGGGAACCGUCCAACGCCAAGGCGCGUUCUGUACACUGGUCCCCAUACGACCGCGUUCGCGUGGCGUCGAGCGCGGCGGCGAGAACGGGCGGCGCCGGCAGCGGGAACGUCGCGCUCGCGGCGACCGUCGCGCCGCGGUCGCUGUUCGGGCUCUUGAACACGUGCGUCACGAGGUCCGGCGCGAGGCUUCUGAAGGCGUCGCUGCUGCAGCCGCUGAGGGACCACGCGACGAUCGACGCGCGGUUGGACGCGCUGUCGGAGCUGCUCUCGGGCGCGUUCUACCGUACACUGGGUCCCUCGCUUUCAAUCCCCGCACAGGAUGCCUUUCAACUUCGACUGACGCCUUUGAACUCCACCCCGACGUCGCAUCGUACGGAACGACCCUCAGCCGGGGGGCUCGCGACGGAGUUGCGGGCGGCGCUGCGGUCGACGCCGGGCGCCGCGGACGUGGACAAGGUCAUCGCGCAGUUCGCGCCGGGUGGUUCGGGAGGGGGAGGGGUAGGUAACGGCGGCGGCGUGACCGUUACCGCGCCGCCGCCGCCGCCGCCGCCUAACCCGGCGAAGGUCGCGGCGAAGAUUAAAACCAUCCUCGGCGUGCGCGCGACGUUACGCGUCGUCCCGGGCGUCGGCGACGCCCUUCGCGCGUGCGCGUCCCCGCUGCUUCGCGAGAUUGGCUCCACGUGCGGGAAGGACUUCUUCCAAUCGUUCCUGACGCGCGUGGACGACGUCUUCGAGCCGGACGUCGUCGAAGGCCGGUCCACCUUCGCGCAGCGGACGCGCCAGGUGUUCGCCGUCAAGGGAGGCGUGGAUGCGUUUUUGGACCUCGCCCGGCGGUCGUUUUGCGAGACGACGGAGGCGGCGCACGAGCUGCUUCGCACGACGCGCGAGCUCGCGGGCGCGGAGAGCUUACGGUUGACGUACUCGGACGCGAGGGGGUUCCAGCUGAGCGUCUCCGCGGUGGAGUUUGGCGUGAUGACCGCGUGCGCGACGCGCGGCAGCGGCGGCGGCGUCCUCCACAGCCUCCAGCGCGUGGACGGCCGCGUCGAGACGCGCCGAGACGCGCGCGGCGGCGGCGACGCGUACUUGAACGCGACGCCGCCGAGCGUGAAGUGCACGACGUCCACGCUGGAGCGCCUGAACGCGCGUCACAAGGAAGCGAUGGACGACGCGUUCGCGCGCAGCGCCGGCGUCGUCGACGAGCUCGUGCGUUCCGUGAGGGAUAAUUUCCCCGCGCUCGGGGCGCUGUCGGCCGCGCUGUCGUUACUCGACGUCCUCCUCGCGUUCGCCGCGAAGGUCAUGAACGCGCGCGGGGCGUGGACGCGGCCGGCGUUCACGUCCAACGGCCCGCUCGCGAUCGAGGAGGGGCGGCAUCCGCUGAUGGAAGGCGGCGUCUGCGGCGGCGGCGGCGGCGGCGGCGGCGGCGGGCUCUUCGUCCCGAAUUCCACGUUUCUCUCCGACGCGUUCCCGUUCUCGCUCGUGACCGGUCCGAACAUGUCCGGCAAAUCCACCUACGCGCGACAGGUCGCGACGCUCGUCGUCCUCGCGCACGCGGGGUGUUACGUCCCCGCCUCGUUCUUCAGCUGUCCCCCGAUCGACGCCAUCUACGCGCGCGUCGGCACCGGCGAUUCGCUCGAGACGGACGCGAGCUCCUUCAUGGUGGAGAUGCGCGAGAUGCAGCACAUCCUCGCGAACGCGACGAGAGAUUCGCUCGUCCUCGUCGACGAGCUCGGGCGGUCGACGAGCUCGGGCGACGGCGAGCGCGUCGCGUGGGCGUGCGCGGAGGCGCUGUUGAGGAUGGACUUGAAGUGCGUCUUCGCGACGCACGCGGAUCGAUUGCGCGGUCUCGCGACGAUGUACCCGGGAGUGAGAGUGUCGAGCCUGAGCGUCCGCGUCGUCGGCGGCGGCGGCGGCGUCGUCGGCGGCGGCGGCGGACGCGGAUACGGCCGCGACGGACGCGGAUACGACGCCGUGCACGGCCGCGGGGAGCUCGAUUUCCGAUACAAGCUCGUGGACGGCGAGUGCGUCGUCGAUCACUACGGGUUGCGGCUCGCGGCGACGAUGGGAUUUCCGAACGCGAUGAUGGACGCCGCGUGGGCCAUCGCGCGGGAGGUGGACGCGCGCGACGGUAACGGCGGCGGAUCGAGAGUUACAACCACAAACACAGAAGACCCGGACCCGUGGGGGGUGGAGCGCGCGCGACGGGUGGCCACCGUCGCGCAGAGAGCGAUGCUGUUGUGCGCGGGCGACAGCGACGGCGACGGCGCGGCGGCGGCGCUCGAGCCCGGGAAGCUCGACGCGUUGCGGCGGCUUCAGACGCAGGCGAGGGCGCUGCUCACGCCUGCCGCGCCGAACGCGUGCGCGUGA